AUGACUGCGGGCGAUCACCGCGCCGCGCCGCCAGCAUGGCUGGCUAACUCGUUCCUGCCGUCCUCCAGCUAUGGACGGAGCGCUUUCAGUUCCGAAGACGGCGUCCUUGCGGAGUGCGGGCUGACAGAGACGGGGCUUUUCGCGGAGGUGCCCCUGGACUGCAUGGACAGCAUGGGCUGCAUGGACAUCGCGUCAUGGGUGGACCUGACUCAGCACGUGGCUCCCACGUUCGACGACCCAGCGACAUUCCACGCCCUGGACCACCGCCACCCAAUCCUGCAGGACGCGGCCUGGCACGGACGGCUCCCGCCCAUCGGGGUCGACAUCUCGAAGAAAGAGCUGCACCGUCUUCUCCUGACGAGGAGCCACAACGGGACAAGCAACUCGUCGACGCUGUCGACCGAAAACGCCCUUCGCGCGGGAGGGCUUGUCGCAGAAAUCCCUGAAUUCCGGGAGCAACGGCGGGAGGCAGAGCCAGAUGUGGUGCAGGCAUCCGCAUUGGACAAGAGUUUUUAUACGGAGAUCGACUCGUCCGACACGCCCAUGAACACCGCGGGGCUCUCCGAGUGCCAACGGGGUGUGCACACGGCGAAUUUCCGCGGGACGAGGAGUUGGCCGACAACCUCGCUGGGCGCCAGUGACGUCCGCGAGGAUCAGUCCAGGGAUUUUCUGUGCGGGGCACCGGGGAGAGCGUCGGCUGCGGCAGGAGAACCUGCUGCGCACGCACGCGCGGCGACAAGGUGUCGACCGGGUGACGCCUUGGCGCGCCGCCGAGGAAACUCGCUUAACAGAGCCGUGUCCGGCGGCAUCCCGGAAGACACCUUGAACGGUGAAGACCGGUCGAGGGACUCGCGGCGCCUGUGCGGGGACGCCGGAAGCGCCCGCAGCAAGGAAGCGGCGCGUGUGGUGGUCGAGCGGCCGAUCCAGGCGGUGUCUCUCCGCGGCGAGAGCGUCCUGAGGGGCGCCCCAGAGCUGUGCGUCUGGAAGCCCACGCUGUGCCCGCGGAGCGUGUGGAACGCGCUGGCCGACGUCUGCGCGGGGCGCCGCGCCGGCGUGGCGCGCCGCUUCCCCGACGUGGCGCCUGACUCUGGCUUCUUCUACGGCACGGGAGAGAGGUGCCUGGAGGGGCCGGGCAGCAACUUUGGCGGAUGGAAGAGCGGCAGGCUGAAGGCCGUCGACGGCAGCAGGGGGAUCCUGAUCAUCAACGGUAGGCACAGGGGUUACCGAUGGGACGGGAGGGGCCGCGCCGUGCUGCACCGCCAGCUGAGGUCCGGCGCGGAGGCGGUGGGCAUGGAAAAGGUGUUCAGGGUGAGCAGGAGAGUGCCCAAAGACGGGGGGUGCUGGAAGCAGGCCACCGUGCGGGCUCCGGGGUGGGCAACGAGGAAGGGCGACCAGACGAGGGGUGUGAAGGUGUUCUACGAGACCAGGGCGUGCCUGUAUGUCUUCAAGACGGUGUUCUAUGGGGACGUCGAAUGA